GAGAGGCGCGGCCGGCGGCGCCACGGGUAGAGCCUGGUGAGCGGAGUCGGCGGUGCCCGGAUACGGCUGGUCCCAGCCGGAAACCAGCCGGCCGCAGCGCCUCUUCGUUCCCGGCAAGCAAGGUCCUUCGGAGCACCUACUCUCUUUGUGCGUUGUCCUGUCUCAUUGACUUUUUGUCAUUGGUGAUACAUACCUCGGAGAACAGUGACAUUCAUUCAGACUUAAAAUAGUCAUUUGGUUAGGGAUGGGCUAUUCCUGGAUUCCCCUGAAUCCAGAGUAUGAAGGAGGUAGGCUGACAACUUAUGGAUGCUCUUUCUCCUCUCUUUGCACUUCAAAUUCCUGCUCUUCCUCAUGAGAAGAGUCCCCAGGAGACAAACCUUGGUCAUUUGUGUUCCUAACAGCUUGUCUCUGGGUCAUUGUGAUCUACUUUCUCUCUUAUUGAGAAGAGGAUAAAAAUCAGGACUCCACAAUGCAGUUCCUCUGUUCUGCAUGGAGGACAUUUUCCAUUGUGAAUUUUUUUUUCAGGUAAGAAAACCAAGCCUGAUGGCACAGUGUUAAAUGACUUGAAAAGACGUGGAGGGUCAGAGAGCCUGGUCAUCAGGGGUUCACAUUAGGAGAAGUUGAAGAUGCAUGCUGAAUAAGGACUAGUGGGGGAAAUCCUGCAGGAAUGAUGGGGAGGACACCACAUGCAUAUAGACCUUUCACAGGAGAACAGUGUUGCUCUAAGGAUAAUCAUCUUUGAGAAAGUACCUUGUAAGUAUUGUGAAUUUGAGAGAAAGUUUCUUCUAAACUGGAACCUAUUAGAAGCCCCUUCAUUGUGUUACAAACAGCAUGAGUUCCAGCCAGAUUUCACUGCAAAUGAAACAUCAGAGACUUAAAAGGCAGAAGAAACCUUCAAAGUGUAGUGAAUGUGGAAAGUUUUUUACUCAGAGAUCAUCUCUUAUCCAGCAUCAGAGGAUUCACUUGGGAGAGAAACCAUAUGUGUGUACCGAAUGUGGAACUUGUUUCCGUAAACAGUCAAAUCUUACUCAACAUCUGAGGAUUCAUACAGGAGAGAAACCUUAUAAAUGUAAUGAAUGUGAGAAAGCCUUCCAAACAAAAGCAGUCCUUGUCCAGCAUCUGAGAAUUCAUACUGGGGAGAAACCCUAUAAAUGCAAUGAAUGUGGCAAAGCCUUUUGUCAGAGUCCAUCCCUUAUUAAACACCUGCGAAUUCAUACUGGAGAGAAACCCUAUAAAUGCAGUGAGUGUGGCAAAGCCUUCAGUCAGAGCAUAUGCCUUACUCGUCAUCAGAGAAGUCAUUCUGGAGAUAGACCUUAUAAGUGUAACGACUGUGGGAAAGCCUUUAAUCAAAGUGCGUGCCUCAUGCAGCAUCAGAGAAUCCACUCAGGAGAGAAGCCCUACACAUGUACACAAUGUGGUAAAGCCUUCACUCAGAACUCUUCCCUUGUUGAACACGAGAGAACUCACACUGGAGAGAAACUUUUUAAGUGUAGUGAGUGUGAAAAAACCUUCCGCAAGCAAGCACACCUUAGUGAACAUUAUAGAAUUCACACUGGAGAGAAACCUUAUGAAUGUGCUAACUGUGGGAAAUCCUUCAGGCACAGCUCAGCACUUGCUCGACAUCAGAGGCUUCAUGCUGGAGAAUAAAACUCGGGAUAUAACUAGGGUGGAAAGACUUGUAUCAAUAUGAAAACACUUUCCCCCCCCUAAAUUCUUAAGAGAUUAGGACUCAAUCUGUGGCUGGGAUGAAUGUUCUGUAUGUUCAGCAAGAAGCAAUGUGUCCUAAAAGUUAAGAAAAUAGACUCAGAACUAGAUAUUGUUGAGUUUGAUGGCUUCUCUGCCACUAAAUGGGUGUCUGGCCUUUUAACUCUCCAAGCCUCAGUUUUUUCCAUUCUCCCCAAAGAAUAAUGAGGGUACUCACUACGGUUGUCUUGAGAAUAAAUGAGUUGUAUAUAAUAACUAACUGCCAGUAAUUGGUUUUGAGUGAUAGAUGUUCCAGAAGUUUAUAAAUCUGGUUAUUGAAAACAAAGGCCAACAUUAGGGUUUUUUUGGUUCUCAUAAUGUAUUUUUUCUUAAGAAUGUUCGUGUAAUUGGGUUGUGAUUUCAUAAUCUACAGAAGGCUAUUUAAACUAUAAUGUAUAGAUUUAAAUAGGAGAACACAUUUAAGUCCAGUUUCUCCUUCAAAAAAUUCAGAUUUAAUCAGAGAAAAAAGAAAUGAUUGGGAUUUGAAUGGACAUUUUGUACUCUGAAAAGCUUUAUGUAGAUUUUGAUACCUUCCAUUGUUGGAUCUAAUUUCACUUCAAGCUCUGGACUUCUCAUUUCAAUGAAAAGGGAAUCCUCACUGACACUGAUUGUGUUUUGGGGUGGGGUGGGGUGUGAAGAAGGCACAGGAGAAUAGAGAGGGGAUGGAAAAUAGAGAAUAUGAGCCUGUCAAUGAGGACAUGGCUUUACUUGUUCUGAAAUCUAGGAGCACAAUACUAAAGGGGAGCCUCUUAAGGGAAGAGGAGGGUAGGAGACGUUAGGUUCUCAGGUGCCAGUGGGUGGGACCAACUUGAGAAUAGUGUUUUGGGAAUAAGUGGGUGGGGUGCCUCUCUUGCAACAAAGAAUGGCUUCUUGAAAUUCAAAAGAAGCAAAGAAAUCAAAGGAUGCUUUUAAUGGUGCUUCAUGCAAUGCUAAUAAGCUACUUAAUGUAAACAAGCACAGCUAACACUAAAACGUACACUUGUAAGAAAGGUAGGAGCUAUUUUCCACAUUCCAGAAUCAAGGAAAAAGAAAGAGGAACUUGACUUCCUCAAAGUCAAACAGGUAAUGUCAGAGUUGAAUCUCAGUUUAGAUCCUGGUUUUUAUAGUACCAAACUCACAGGUAAUUUUCCAUCAGUGAACCAUUCCAUUGUGUGAGAUGCCAAAAUUGUGAAAACCAUUAAAAAAAGGGGGGGUGGAGUAUUUUUUCAACUUAAAGUAAUGUGUGCUAAUUGAAAUACAUUUUAUAAAAUGACUGGA